UUAUUUCACUAAGAUGAAAAGGAAUCCUGGGACAUAUUUUCGAUGGUGACGGAAGUGUACACACGCAAGACGUGAUCUUUAGGCACCAAUAUGACUGCAUAAAAGUUGACUGGCAAGAUAAAUAAUUUUAGUUAUUGAUACAUAUUGAGUUGAAGUAAAGAGGAACAUCAUGGGAAUAUUCGACUCUCUAGCAAAGUGGCUUGGCCUAAAGAAAAAGGAAGCCAAUGUUCUUGUGGUAGGACUUGACAACAGUGGUAAAACGACCAUCAUUAACCAGUUAAAACCAGCAGAGUCAAAGUCUCAUGACAUUGUUCCAACGAUUGGUUUUACAGUGGAAAAAUUCUCAGGAAAAUCCUUGUCCUUCACUGCCUUUGAUAUGUCGGGUCAAGGUCGAUACCGCAACCUAUGGGAACAUUACUACAAAGAGUGUCAGGGCAUUAUCUUUGUAAUCGAUAGCAGUGACCGCUUACGUAUGGUCGUAGCACAGGAAGAAUUAGAACAGUUACUUAAUCAUCCAGAUAUUGUUGGUAGACGCAUUCCAAUUUUGUUUUAUGCCAACAAAAUGGACAUGAGAGAUGCUUUGUCAGCUGUAAAAGUUGCACAUCUUCUGAACUUAGACAAAAUUAGCACAAAGCCGUGGCAUAUAUGCGCAUCAAAUGCCUUAACUGGUGAAGGGUUGAGUGAAGGCGUGGAAUGGAUAACUGGGCAGUUGAAAGAAGUUGUAAAUGCUAAAUGAAGCACCAUGAAACAUCCAUUGUACUUAAAUAUGUGGGCACAUAAGGUUGUUCAUCAAUAGAGAGUUGCAAAAGUUACUCUUGUUAAAAAAAAAGUACAAAAAUUGUUUUAAAUAAUUGUACAUGUUGAAUGAAAAUUUUCUGAUAAUACAAUAUAAUUUGUUGUUAAUUCAAUUUUUGAGAAAAAAGGUGAUUGGGGUGAAUCACCAUGCUGUUACUUUUGUUUUAUUAGACCAUGUAGACUAUGAUACAUAUUCCUGAUACAUGUAAUAGAUCUCGACAACUUUAUAUGAAUCUAUACAACACAUUGUGGGAAAAUACAUUUUUUUGAGCAUAAAUUGUGUAUGAUAUACUGAAAUAUAUCUUUUUUGAUUUUCUCUGGUUGUGCGUUAAAAGUUAUUGUAAUGAUGUAACAUAUACGCUGUAGAGUCGUACCUCAGUGAUUAUUAUUAUACAUUUUAUGUGGAUGAGUUGUUAAAAUGGAUUUUAAUGUAAUGUGAACAUGAGUAACCUUUCAGUGUAAUCAGGGACCUGUAUUCUAACUUGUAUAUAGGUCCCUGGUGUAAUGCAGAGUCUAUUUAAAUGAAUUAUUUUAGUAGUCUUUUACAUCUUUUACACAGCAAUUUUUUUCAGUCCGUCCUAAGAUCAUAACAUAUCAAGUUUUUUUUACCCAAAAGGGGUGAACUAACUGAGGAUUAUAUAAUUAUGUAUAUCAUAUUAGCUAAUAUUAUACAGUAAAUGUAAAGUCAUAGAUCUAAGCUAAGUUUAGGACAUUCACAUUAAAAGUAAUGCACAGUGUAGUGAGUGUACCAUCAGGGAUUGAUAUGGGGCAUAUUCCAUGUAUUCCCAUUACAAUACUAAAAAGCUCAAAAAAAAAUUUCUUCAUAAAUUUUAAAAUUUAAGGUAAAAUUUUUUCCAGAAUAUGUUAAAUGUGGUUUUACUUUGCUAUUUUGUGCAUUCAAAAUGGUAAACCCUCCCCCCCCCACCCCUGCACCUGCUAGUGUUCUGAAGUGGCCCCCAGACCUCUUGCUGAAUUUACCAAUUUCUCCAGAAAGGGUAGUUUCCUCACAAAGUUAGAUUAAUCCCUGACCAUUUUUGUUAUUAUUGGAUUUAUGACCUGUUCUUGUGUGAAUUUGAAUCCCUUAUUUUAGUAUGAAAAUUUCACAUUGAUAGAACGUAAAUGUAAGGUAGGUGAAUGAGAGUCAAAAGAAUUGGUGCAGAUGGUACAACUGUAUAUAAUUUGCUGGAGGGAAACAGUAUCUGUAACAUUGAUUCAAGAGUAAAAGUUAUGCUUAGAUGGAAUGAUAUUUAGAAAUGUGUUAAAUUUAAUACGGUAAAAGUUGGCUAGUUUUUUUUUUCUUCAAAAAAAAACAACAAACAAACAACAAACAAACAAAUACUAGAGUUUUAAUAUUUAUUUAAAUUUGACUUUUUAAGACUUACUCAUAACAAAAAGGGAAGUGAAAAAAAAUUAUUGCUUUUGAAAAGAAAAUAGGUCUAUUUUUCAUUUAUUAAUAAUAUUUAUUGAUGUUACAAGUAUUGAAAUAAUGAAAAUUCACAAUUUUUGUCAAACUAAAGGCAAUUCAUCACAGGUGAACAAUUUUCAAUGUACAAGUUAUUUCCCUUUAUACGCACGUGAAUAGAGACACGAUAGAAAUAUGACUGCCUCUGAUAUAAAACGACUUGUUUCAUAAUUUUAUGAAAAAAGUACUGUUGAAUGCAUUUACUAUUUCUGAAUAAAUAUUCAUCCAUAUUUUA